CACUCGCCAAAGAAAGCAUGGCGACUCUGUCGACGAGCGGGAUGCGAUGCCACCAGAUUUACGGUGUGUUUAUUGACAUCUAGAAAGACUUUUGAAGAUUAUCACUUUACUAAACCGACGUCGCCUCCACGUGACAGUCGUUCUUACUGGUUCUUGUCAGCUGACUCUCAGCUGCCGUCGAGCCGGUGACGCUCUGAGAUGCAGUGUCUGAAGGUCGGACCAGUCGCCUUGGCGGCGGCGUCCAGAGCCCUGUGCCCCGGCAGGAUUCACUGUCCUCGGCUUGUUCGAACAUCUGGCUGUCGCGUCAACUUCUCUGUCGGCCACGCUCGCUUUUGUCAGUCGGCAGCCGCGUCCUCGUCGUCGGAACCCGUGGUCAUUCGUGUUCCCCGCCACCUGCAGAAGCGCGUUGAAAGCGUGAAGCAGACACGAGGGCGAACCAAGAUCAACACCAUCCGAGCCGGCAGGCUCCUGAUCCAGAGCAAGAACCCCGAUCUGAACCAGUCCGCGGGCUACCUGCUCGGUAAGUUCGAGCAGCCUCGCCUCUCCUCGAACGGAUGGAAACACCCCAAGUCCUUCGGUGACUACUUCACCGUCAACAACACGAAGACCGUGGCGCCCUGCGUGACUAAAAACCACGAAGAGGAAGUUGAACAGAAAUCAUCGGUGACCUUCAGUAACCUCCAUAUCUGCAAGGAGCUGGUGGAAGCUUUGGAAGCUGUCAACAUCACCCAUCCCACCACUGUGCAGUUGCAGACCAUCCCAAAGGUCAUGAAAGGUCACAACAUUCUCUGCGCCGCAGAGACGGGCAGUGGGAAAACACUGAGUUACCUCCUGCCCAUCCUUCACCGGCUGCAGGCCGACAGCGAAUCGCAGAUGUACGCCGGGAGCUCACGCAAGAUCCGCGCGCUGGUUCUUGUGCCCUCCCGAGAGCUAGCCGAGCAAGUGGGCGCCGUGUGUCGCGGUCUGUGCGCUCCCUUCGGCUUGACGACCAGGACCGUGGGUGGUGGGCGAGGUUUAGGACACAUUAAGCAGGUCUUCAAGAACAAACAUCCAAAUAUUUUAGUGGCGACACCAGGUGCUCUGGUCAAGGCCCUGCAGAGACGCUGCCUGGACUUUGGCGAGCUGAGCUUCUUUGUCGUGGACGAGGCUGACACCAUGUUCGACCCCACCUUCUCUGACAUGCUGGAGAGCAUCCUGAGCCAUGCGAACAUUGCCGGUGAUCCCAAGCAAACACGGGGCCCGGGCCAUAAAGCUCAGUUGCUGGUGGUGGGGGCCACGUUCCCCGGUGGCGUCGGGGAAGUGCUCAGCCAGGUGACGGACCUCGGCAGCAUGGUGGUGAUCAAGAGCAAGAUGCUGCACUUCCUCAUGCCGCAUGUUAAGCAGACCUUCUUGAAGGUGAAGGGUGCUGACAAAAUCCUGGAGCUCCACCAAGCCCUGAAGUUGGUCCAACAUGAAAAAGGAGGGGGUGCCGUUCUGGUGUUUUGCAACAAGUCUGCCACUGUCAACUGGUUGGGGUACUCGCUGGAAGAGAUGGGGGUUCGGCAUGCGCGUCUGCAAGGGGAGAUGCCUGCCGCUGUGCGUGCAGGGAUCUUCCAGUCCUUCCAGAAAGGCGUGGAGGAUGUGCUGAUUUGCACAGACAUCGCCUCUCGUGGCCUGGACACAUCCCGCGUGCGCUUGGUUGUUAACUAUGACUUCCCAGAAUCCCACACGGACUACAUCCACAGGGCGGGGAGAGUGGGGAGGGCGGGAGGGGUGGAGGACGGUGAGGUGCUUAACUUCGUCACUCAUCCCUGGGAUGUGGAGCUGGUGCAGAAGAUAGAGACCGCUGCACGGAGGAGAACUAGUCUGCCGGGGAUGGAGUCUGAUAUACAUGAGCCAAAACCCAAAGUAGAAGAGGCACAGGAGUAGAAGACAGAUUAGGGAUGUGCAAAAGUGGGAAAACUUGCCUGUGAAAUUUGUGUAAUGUUGUCAUGGACAAAAUGGGUCAGAUUUUUCAAAGAAGGGUUUGCGAGUUAUGCACGAAUUGCUCAAAACUGUGUGAAGUAAUGGUCUUUUGUUUUUUUCAAAAAUCUAAAUUGUUUUGCUGAGCAGUUGGUUAUUUACACAUCUUCAUUAUUUUCCAGCGUCUAAUGCAGUACGUGUGUUCAAAUGUUUUCUCUCAAAACUAAAAUCAAAUUGUAUAUUCUUCUCACCUUGUUUCAUUCACCUCAGCCAUUUAGAGGUUUGAUCUAUAUUUGAAGGUGUGUUGGCUCUAUUUAAUUCUCAAUUAACAAAAUAAUGUGAUGACUGUCGCUAGGUUGUUAUUGAAAGAAACAGCCUUUUUCAGAUAAAACCUUUUUGAUCAAACAAACUUAAAUUAGGGAAAUUAAUAAAUUAAGCUACAGUCUGUCUCCCAACAUUGGAAGUUAACACUGACGCUGCUGUGUCUAAAUAUCUGUAUAAAAAGCACAUUGUGUAAGUUUGUUGGGGCUGCCUGAAAACAACCUUAAGACUUAUAAAAUUUAUAUUGUGUGGAAAAACCUUUUGAUUAAAUAUACUUUUUUAUAUUAUA